CACGAUGGCCAAUACCUCCAUGGUACCAGAAAUACGAUGAGGAUAGCCGUUGAAGGAUGCUCGCAUGGAUGUUUAGAUCAAAUAUAUGCAAGCAUUUUAGCAAUCGAUCGUCAAGAAGGGAAACAGACAGAUCUAUUGAUCUUGUGUGGUGAUGUUCAAACACUUCGAAAUCCUUCUGAUUUGCAUUGCUUAGCCGUGCCUGACAAGUACAAACAGCUUGGAGAUUUUCAUCGAUACUACAAUGGGCAGAGAAAAGCGCCGAUCUUGACACUUUUAGUCGGAGGAAAUCAUGAAGCAUCGAAUUACCUUUGGGAAUUGUACUACGGAGGCUGGGUAGCUCCCAAUAUGUACUUUCUGGGAGAGGCUGGAUGUGUAGAAGUGGGCGGCUUGACGAUCGCCGGUAUCUCUGGUAUCUAUAAAUCACACGAUUUUAGGCUCGGCAGACACGAGAGUAUGCCAUACAAUGGUAGCACAAUUCGAUCUAUCUAUCAUACACGAUGCUACGAUACUUUUCGUCUUCAUCUGCUAUCACGACCUCAAAGCACAGGAGGGCGUACGGAUAUUGUGCUCUCACAUGACUGGCCCAACACAAUCGAACAGCAUGGAGAUGUUCGAUGGCUGAUGCAGAAGAAACCCUUCUUCCGAGAUGACAUUGGCACGAAAACACUUGGAUCACCGCCAUUGAUGGAUCUGUUGCAUGAUCUGAAGCCAAAGUAUUGGUUCUCAGCUCAUUUACAUGUUCGCUUCGCUGCAUUGGUCAGACAUGGCGAGAAGAACGACGUACGAGUGAAGAGUCUAUCAUCUGCAACUGAUGAUACUAAAACCGAGAACGCUGAGGAGGUCAUGAUUGACAUCGAUGAUGAAGAUAAUAUUCCUCAGGGCAAUGAAGAAGAGAUUGACACCAAAGAAGCUGGACCAGAAGAUGCCAUCAACCCCGAACAGACGCAAGAAGCAGGACUGCGCUCAACUACCCGCUUUCUUGCUUUAAGCAAAUGCUUGGAAGGACAUGAUUUUCUGCAAAUACUCGAGAUUCCGGCUCCUUCUGAUGAGGACCCAAGAUUCCAAAAUGCACCAGUCGGGGAAGUUAAUUCCAAGAAGCAGCCUUCAUUACGAUUCUCUGCCUCUUGGCUGGCGAUUCUGCGUGCUACACAUCCUCUUUUGAGUCUGGCACGCAAUCAGUGUGCUUUGCCUAGUCUAGCUGAUGAAGGAUUGGCAAGCCAACUCAAAGCAGAGUAUGAGUGGGUACAAUCAAACAUUCUAGCAAGCCAUACUGAAGAAGGACAUCCACUGGAUAUUCUGACGACGCAACAAUUCGUUCAAACGGCACCUUCAACGCUUGAUCCAAACGUACAUCAUAUGACGGGACCACCUUCUUGGUAUACAAAUCCACAAACGGUGAGUUUGUGCAACUUGCUUCAGAUUGAGAAUCGCAUCAAUGCACCGCCUCCCACAAUACCAGCACCUCCUCCCGCAAUGGCACCUAAAAAUCCCACAAUUCCGCAUUUCUUGCAACCACCACAAGUGCAACAGCCUUUUGUGGACGCAGCAUCGGCCUCUCAGGGCAGGUCAUCCAGCAAGGACGAUGGACAUGUUCAUUCCAAUUCUGACGAGAUUGUGGUCACUUUGAGCGAUGAUGAAGAAGAGAACAUGCGAUGGAAAGAAGGAACUGGUUGAAACUUUUUACUCUGAUUGUGUACUAUACAUAUACAUUCAUCUUUUACUGUAAAUCAUGUGUACUACUAUACAAUUGCAAUGGGUUCCUAACAAAACAAUCUAUAUAUUAAACAAGAAUU